AUGCUCGAGCGGCUGCUCCGCAUUGACCCACGCUACUUUGAUGUUAGUCGUCUGGCUCGUUGUACGAAGCAGAUCAAGGGACUUCAUGUACUUUGUAAACCGAUGAGUGAAGUGAUCAUACAGCUUAUGGAACCCGAGGAGUUUGAGGGCGAAACAAUGCGGUAUUUCCGUGAUGUGAUGGAUCACAUCACUACGAUCGAGGAGGACUGCGAGCGGCAUUUAGACCGUUGUCGCAGCCUUAUUGAAGAUUUCCACAAUGCACGAGCUGUGCAACAGAACGACGUAAGCUACAUCUUAGCAUUGGUCGCAGCAAUCUUCUUGCCAGCACAAUUUCUGACCGGACUCUACGGCAUGAAUUUUACAAACAUGCCAGAGCUUGAAUACCACAAUGGCUACUACAUCUGGUGGGCAGUCGUACUCUUUAUUGCCCUUGCAACGAUGAUAGUUUUCAAAUUUUACAAGAAAUGGUUGUAA